GUAGCAGGGACCAAACAUACCUCCGGCACGGAGUUCCAAAACCCCGGCGUAGGAUCUCCUCUCCCCCGGUCCGUCUCUCCGCCCGGCAGCCACCGCCGCCGUGCCGCGGCACUCCGGCCGCCGAGAUGAAGAACCCCAUCCGGCCGCGCGCCCUCCCUCUCGUCCUGCUGCUGCUGCUCGCUCUGGCUCCGUCCCCGGAGGCGGCCGAGCCCACCACGCCGGGGGCACAGACGCGCAAGAUCGGCCGCGCCGCCCCGUCCUCGGUGUUCUCGCUCUUCAACCUCAAGCCCCGGAGCAAGUUCUGGACCGAGUCGGUCAUGCGGACAGACUUCGACGACCUGGAGACCCCGGCCUCGCGGGACUCCAGCAUCAAUUUGCUGCUCAACUUCACACGAGCUGGCACUCUUGCAAACUAUAUGAAUCUGCCGGAAGUUGAUUCGAUAUAUCUUCCAAUCCCUGUGAAUUUCAUCUUUAUGGGAUUUGAUGGAAAAGGAGGCCAUGAGUUUAAGUUGGGUCCUGAAGAAAUGGAGCGCUGGUUUACAAAAAUAGAUCACAUAUUUGAGCACACAAGAAUUCCUCCAGUUGGAGAAGUUCUUACUCCGUUCUACAAGACUAGUGUCAAUAAAUUAAAGCAAUAUGAUCUUCCUUUAGUGAGCCAUGUGAAUCACAAUUUUUCUGUGCAUGCCAUACACAUGGGUGAAGAUGUCAUGUCUGUCUUUGAACAUGCUAUAAAAGUUCUAUCACGCAGAGAAGAUCUCAUGGAUUCCAGAGAAAAUGGGGUGCCAUUUUGGCAGGUGGACAGUGAUCAAAUGGAGCGUUUAUUUUCAACACUUGUCGAUCACCUUCAGAUACAAGAAGCAUACAACAUCUUCAUUCUUAACCCCAAACCUAUGGAGAACAGUAAUCAGUAUGGUUAUCGGAAGGGCUUCUCCGAGUCUGAGAUCAACUUGCUCAGGGAGAAUAAGACCCUGCAAGCUCAGAUACUCCAAUCUAGAAGUGGCAAAAAACUCUAUCUUGAUAUAGAAAAGGGAGUCAACAAAAGGCCCUUGUACGAAAGUCAUCCUCUGUCACCAUUUUCGUGGACCACAACUGACAAGUUGGAUAUGGGGGAUUGGUCACAAAAGUGCAAGGAAGCCUUACACAAUUUUGAACUUUUGAAUGCAGGAAAGAGUAAAUAUGACAUUGUUUAUGACAAAGCUGUUCAGAUAUUACAUGGUGCAAAAGAUGAGCUGCAUGAUGUUCUAGAGAGCGCUCUCAUGUCUAGUGAUUUGAAGGGUCUCCAUGCUGAAUGCCUUACAGAUAUAUGGAUUGGCAGAAACAGGUUUGCUUUUGUUGAUCUUAGUGCCGGGCCAUUUGCCUGGGGCCCUGCUGUCGGUGGAGAUGGCGUUCGUUCAGAACUUAGUCUGCCAAAUGUGGCAAAGACUGUUGGGUCUGUUGCAGAAGUGACAGAAGAAGAGGCUGAAGAAAGACUACAAGACACAAUCAGAGAAAGAUUUUCUUCUGUUGGCGAGGAUUACCAUGCCGUGGAUAUCCUAUUGGCAGAGAUCGAUGUGUAUGAACUUUUUUCUUUCAAGCAUUGCGUGGGAAGAAGGAUACAACUUGCCCUUUGCAAAGAACUCGAAGAAAGAAUGCAUGAUCUGAAAAAGGAACUGGAGGGUUACAAUAGUGGAGAUUCUGAUGAAACUAAUAAGAAGAAAGCUCUUGAUGCACUGAAGAGGAUGGAAAGAUGGAACUUGUUUAAAGAAACCUCUGAGGAACAUCAUAGUUACACAGUGGCCCGCGAUUCGUUUCUUGCACACCUGGGGUCAACAUUAUGGGGCUCUAUGAGGCAUGUAAUUGCUCCAUCUGUUUCUCACAGAUCAUACCAUUACUAUGAGAAGUUAUCAUUUCAGUUGUACUUCGUCACGCAAGAGAAAGUGAGGAAUAUAAAGCAGUUGCCUGUUAAUGUGAAGUCCAUCACGGACGGCCUUAGUUCUCUGUUAUUACGGUCUCAGAAGUCAAUGUUUACCCAACACAUGCUGUCAUUGUCAGAGGAUCCAGCAUUGAUGAUGGCGUUUUCUAUGGCAUGCCGUGCAGCGGCGGUCCCGCUUCUAUUGGUUAACGGUACCUAUAGGUCCACAGUUCGUGCAUAUCUUGAUUCUGCUAUUCUCCAACACCAGCUGCAGAAGUUAAGUGGGCAAACUUCACUUAGAGGAGAACAUUCAAAUCAUAGGUCAACAUUGGAGGUUCCAAUAUUCUGGUUCAUACAUAGUGAGCCCCUAAUACUGGAUAAACAUUAUCAAGCUAAGGCUCUUUCAAACAUGGUCAUUGUAGUCCAGUCAGAUAUUGAUUCGUGGGAAAGUCACCUACAGUGCAAUGGGAAGUCAAUCUUAUGGGAUUUGAGGAAACCAGUUAAGGCUGCUAUUGCUGCAUCUGCUGAAUAUGUAUCUGGUUUACUUCCAUCACAUUUGGUUUAUAGCACAGCUCAUGAAACUGCAUUUGAGGACUGGACAUGGUCUGUGGGUUGUAAUCCCUUAUCUGUGAGUUCUGAAGGCUGGCAACUUUCAGAGUUUCAGCAAGAUGUGAUUGCUCGGAAUUAUAUUAUUACCGCAGUUGAGGAAUCUAUACGAGUAGUCAAUUCAGCAAUUCGAAGAUUGAGAACAGAGAGAGCAACUGAACAAGGCUUUAAAAUUUUCAAGACCAAGGAAAGCGUGAUGGUUGAAAAGUACAAUUCUGUUGUUAACGUGUGGAGAAGGGUCACAUUUAUGUCUAAAGGAUUGCGGUAUGGUGAUGUGGUGAAGCUUAUGUCAUCGCUCGAGGAUGCUUCAAAUGGAUUUUCUCAUGCUGUGAACUCAACCAUCUUAAAUCUACACCCUGCGCAAUGUGCCCGUGGAAGGAAGAUUGAUAUGCAGCUAGACUUGACAACAAUCCCUGCUUUGAUUGCUGUUUUUGUGUUGCUUUGGUUUCUUCUGCGACCAAGGAGGCCGAAGCCCAAGAUUAACUGAGUGCAGUAAUUUUCAACUUGGGUUUACAAUUUUUUAGGACCUCAUCCUUAAGUGCGCUUGUACCAGGGUGAUAGCUUGUGGUGGAAGUUAAAAAACUCAGACAAGGCAGACCCUGGGCAAUACUACAUGGCUGAGCAGCACACCCUGGUUCGACUCUCAAUUAAAGAUAGCAAUAGGUCUUCAGGGUCCUUCAUAUUAGAAGAGCAGAUAUUUGAAAGUGCUGUAAAAAGAGUGGAACAAGAGCAUGCUGUAAAAAGAGUGGAACAAGAGCAUGUGUAGAGUGGAACAGGGUUAACCACAUCUUACCAAAACCGGAAGUGUGGUUCUAUCUUGCCCUCGAACACGAUACCUGUGCACUAGUUUCCUUCCCUUUUGGUGAUAACCUUGAUUUGGGUAGAGUAGCUUGUUGCAGUCAGUAUGAA